AUGUCGCGCAUAGAGCCCCUCGGCCAGGAGCAUGUUCUGAGCCGGGCCGCGCUUGGACAGGCGCCGGAAGACUGGCAGGAAGCUCAGCGGCUCAUUGAAGCGCGUCUGACACAGGUGCUCGCAAGCUGGCCGUCAUCCAUCGAUGCAGUCUCCUUGGCAGAGCAAAUCAAUGCGUACCCAGCGCCGCCGCAUACAAUUCAGCGACUGGCAGAGCUUCUGGUCGAUCCGCAUCGCUGGUACACAGAUGUGGACAAGUAUGUUCGUGCGCUCGUCAAGGUUCUUUCGGUGACGUCGACGACGCUCGACUUUACACAAGAGGAGGCCCAGCCUGAACCAGCCGAAACCUCGCUGCUAGUCCCCAUUCCGUGGCUCACGGAAGACAUGCGCACAGUCAUGCCAAAUGGCGUGGUCUUCACAAAUGGUCCACUCGAUGACAUGCCAACAGGAAGCGCGCCAAUGGAUGCUGCUGAUCUUGGUCCUCAGUCAGAUGAGACGAAAGAGGCGAUUGCGCACUACGCAGGCGCGCAAGCGCAGUCUGUACAGAUGGAUGAUUAUCCUGGUGCCUUCUCAGACUCGGCUGUGAUGCGAAGUCGUCAAGCGGAGCCUGCAGAUGUUGCAGAGUGA